CACCACCAAAUCAUCCCUCGACAAAAACCAUCAUUCAAGAUGACUGUCGAUUUCUCCAAGCUCGAUGCCCCGCUCCCCUUCUACUUGACUUCCGACAAGAAGUCCUUUGCAUGGCCCUCCGUGGUCGAGCGCUACCCAAUCAUCCUAACCCAAGCGAUUGAUGACAUGCACCGCACCAUCUCCUCUCUCCCCGCCGACUCCCCCAAGCUGCCCGAAGGCAAGAAGAUCAUUGCGGGUAUCGCGGCUCUCAAACACGAGGAACAACACGACCGCGUCCUCACUCCCCUCCCAGACGACGGUGACGCGGACGUCAAGGAUUACAACGAUGAGCUCAAGUAUUGGAAUGAGAGGGAGGGAAGGGAGAUUACGUGGUUUUCGGGGCCGUGGCUGUAUGUUGAGUGUUAUCUGUACAGAAGGUUGCACUCGUUGUUCGCGCAGUCCGAGCACUGGAAAUCCUAUGACCUGUUCCACAGACAGAAAACCGACACCUUCCGCUCCUCCGCCGCCGCCGUCAACGAACUUGCCGUCCGUUUUGGCGAGCUCGUCCGUGAUCUCGAGAGCCACAAGGGCCUCACCCGCGACGCGGAGGCACAAAAGCUCCUCUUCCUCGAAAUGGCACAGAUCUCCUUGUGGGGUAACGCAACCGAUCUGUCACUAUUGACAAACCUCUCGUACGAAGACAUCCAAAAACUCCAAGGAAAAGAAGCAAUCGCCAAAUCCGCCGCCAACAUCCUCGUCAACAACCUCGACAAAGCCUGGGGUUUCAUCUCGCAGCUCAAAGGUGGCCGCAUCGAUUUUGUGCUCGAUAAUGCCGGAUUCGAGUUGUUUGCGGAUUUGAUCUUCGCGACAUACCUCCUCGAGACAAACCACGCACAAACCAUCGUCCUACACCCCAAGGAUUUCGGCUGGUUCGUUUCAGACGUUCUCCCAGCCGAUGUCGCACACUGUUUCUCACAACUCCGUGACUCGACAUUCUUCACACCCGAGGACAGGUCCGCAAUGGACUUCCUGAUCGAACGCUGGAUGGAGCAUUACGCAGAAGGCCGUAUCGUCAUCCGUCCCAACCACUUCUGGACAACCGGUCACUCAUACUGGCGUCUCCCAACCUGCGCCCCCGAACUGCACGCCGACCUGCAGGAAUCCGACCUCGUCAUCUUCAAAGGUGACCUCAAUUUCCGUAAGUUGACUGGUGACGCGAUGUGGCCCCGUACAACCCCAUGGACGAACGCAAUCGGACCCUUGGCGACGAGCGGAUUAAGGACGUUGUCGUUGAGGACUGCGAAGGCGGAUGUUAUGGUGGGCUUGAGGGAGGGGCUUGAGGAGGAGUUGGAUCAGAAGGAUACGAAGUGGGCUGUGAAUGGGAAGUUUGCGGUUGUGUUUUAUCAUGAUGCGAAGAAGUAGAGGACCCUACACACAAGGGGUAAAACAGGCGAUUUAAAAAGAUGCUAGAGGAUGUGAUAGAAAGAUCAUAUGCAGAUUAUGAUGUUGAC